AUGGUGCCUUUGUGUCUCCGUUUGCACUUUGUGGCCAUUGAAAAGGGACUGAGGAGGGAUGAGGGUUCAGGUGCUCAGGUCCAUGCAGGUGGCUGGCCUGAACCAGACUCGUGCUCAGCAUCAAGCGAGUGCGGCCAGCGGAGCCCCCCUCCACGGGCAAGGGUUUACUGGCCAGAGGACUUUGUCUUAACUCAGUCUGGGGAAUGGAUCUACGUUAGCCAAAUGGAAGUGAUUCUGCUAGCAUUAGCUGUAUCUUUGCUGAGGAGUAAAUCCUUCUUCCAAGGUAGUGGUGCUACUGCAGUUGUCCAGGCAGCGCUAUGCAAACCCAGGCAAGAACGUGUAGCAAUAAAGAGGAUCAACUUAGAAAAAUGCCAAACCAGUAUGGAUGAAUUACUUAAAGAAAUUCAAGCAAUGAGUCAAUGCAAUCACCCCAACGUGGUGUCCUAUUACACAUCUUUUGUGGUGAAGGAUGAACUUUGGCUGGUUAUGAAGCUGUUAAGUGGGGGUUCAAUGCUUGAUAUAAUAAAGUAUAUUGUCAACAGAGGAGAGCACAAAAAUGGUGUCCUUGAAGAACCAAUAAUAGCAACGAUUCUUAAAGAAGUUUUGGAGGGCUUAGACUAUCUACACAGGAAUGGGCAAAUUCACAGAGAUUUGAAGGCUGGCAACAUUCUUCUGGGUGAAGAUGGCUCUGUACAAAUAGCAGAUUUUGGUGUUAGUGCAUUUUUAGCAACGGGAGGUGAUGUUACUCGUAACAAAGUAAGGAAAACAUUUGUUGGUACUCCAUGUUGGAUGGCCCCUGAAGUGAUGGAGCAGGUGCGAGGUUAUGACUUCAAGGCUGAUAUGUGGAGUUUUGGGAUAACAGCCAUUGAGUUAGCGACCGGAGCGGCACCUUAUCACAAAUACCCUCCUAUGAAAGUGUUAAUGCUGACACUUCAAAAUGACCCUCCCACCUUAGAGACAGGUGUAGAGGACAAGGAGAUGAUGAAAAAGUAUGGCAAAUCCUUUAGAAAACUAAUUUCAUUAUGCCUUCAAAAAGAUCCUUCCAAAAGGCCCACAGCAGCAGAACUUUUAAAAUGCAAAUUUUUCCAGAAAGCCAAGAAUAGAGAAUACCUGAUUGAAAAGCUUCUCACUAGAACACCUAAUAUAGCUCAAAGAGCAAAAAAGGUCAGACGGGUACCGGGUUCCAGUGGUCACCUCCAUAAAACAGAAGAUGGGGACUGGGAGUGGAGUGAUGAUGAAAUGGAUGAGAAAAGCGAGGAAGGCAAAGCUGCUGUUUCUCAGGAAAAGUCACGAAGAGUGAAAGAAGAGGAGAACACGGAGGUAAAAAUGUCUUUAUCAAUUUUUUUCUCUUCCAAGUGUUUGAGAGAUUACUUGGAACUGAGACUAGUGCAGCUUGUUGCUGCUGGCGUGCACCUGGCCUUUAGGCUGCACAUUGCUAUCUGCCGACAUAACAGGUCCAUUGAAGAGGCAGAUAUAAUAGCAGUAGUUUAUAUGAAUGGAGAGAACUUAGUUGAAACUCAGCCUGCUGUUAGUGAUGAAUAUAGUGAAGUUCCUUGUGCAGUGAAUCUUGUCUUAAGAUUAAGGAACUCCAGGAAAGAGCUUAAUGACAUACGGUUUGAGUUUACUCCAGGCAGAGACACAGCAGAUGGCGUUUCUCAGGAGCUGUUCUCUGCAGGCCUGGUUGAUGGCCAUGAUGUAGUUAUAGUUGCUGCUAACUUACAGAAGAUAGUAGAUGAUCCAAAGGCCUUGAAAACAUUGACUUUUAAGUUGGCCUCUGGCUGUGAUGGCGCUGAGAUUCCCGAUGAAGUGAAACUGAUUGGGUUUGCUCAGUUAAGUGUCAGCUGAUGUCUGUCCUUUGACCCCAAGCCGAAUUGUGAGAUUGCGAAGAGGCCAGCUUAGAUGCAAAAGAAAAUUACUGCACCACACACUGAGUUCUGCUUCAUUCUCUAGCAAUUCACAAAGUCAGAACAAGCAAAGCCCACACAGCUGCACCGCUGCUGCUAACGUUCAAAAUGCUACUAAAUGUCUCUUAGCAGUUGAUUUGGAUUCCCUCGAAGUAAAAAGCCUGUGGAAACGCACUCAGGUUGCUGUAUUUAUUGGUUACAAAAGGAAUUUUCUAUCAAGCUUACUUCUUUCAUAAACUUUGAGGGAUACUAUUUUACCUGUACUUGUGGUUGAUAAUACUGCCUCUGUUCUGUUCUAUUUAGGAAUUAACAUAAAUAUGAAAGUUAAGAAUUAUUAGCCAAACUUGAAUUCUAGUUUUAAAACUGACUGUGAAUUUUAUUUUUCAUAUAUUUAUGCAUUACACAUCCUAGUAAUAAGAAAAUUAUUUGACUUGAUUAUGUGCUAUUUGCAGUUAAUCUCCCAUUAUUUAAGAAAAGUUUCAGGUAUAUCUUUGAAGGAUUUGGUAACUUCUAGGGUUGGUUUUUUUUUUAAUUAAUUAAUUAGGCAUUAGCAAGCAUUUGUUGGUUGUGUGUUUAAAAACCAGUCCACAAACUGAUUGUCAAGGGAGUGGGAGGUGCCUUGCAGACAUUAAUGUUUUAAGAAUGUGCCUGAGGCUGCUUCAAUAAAUAAUCUCCAUUUUCUAGAAGUAC